UUAUCCAGAACCUUUAAUCUAUUGCACUAUUUGAAUGCAGCCUGAAAGAUGCUUCCUGUGGGACUGAAUCCUGUGCACAGCAGUGAUGGAGAGGAUGAAUGCAAAUGGAAAUGAUUGGAUGAGAGACGUCAUUCUUUGCUACAAAGGAAAAAAAAAAACACAGAAGGGAGGAAGGACAGAAAUAAAUCAGCUGUAUUGCAGAGAGCUUUAGUCAAAAGGCUGCCAGAGCUCAGCAGCUUCUCCUCUUCUCUCUGUGAUGAUGGAGACUCUAGAAGAAGUUGAACUCUGCUUUCCACAACUCUUCAACACUUCCUGCCAGAAGCCAAAGCGUUCUCACUUUGAGAUCAUAAUGUCUUACAUUAUACUGUCCUCCAUCACUGUGCUCACCACAACUCUGAACCUGCUGGUCAUCAUCUCUAUCUCACACUUCAAGCAGCUCCACACCCCCACCAACCUCCUCCUUCUCUCUCUGGCUGUCUCAGAUUUCUUUGUGGGCCUCCUCAUGUUCUUUCAAAUUAUGCUCAUAGAUGGCUGCUGGUACCUCGGUGACAUUGUGUGUGUUCUGUAUCUGUAUCUAGGAUAUAUUAUUACUUCUACCUCAGUAGGAAAUAUGGUGCUGAUAUGUGCUGACCGCUACGUGGCUAUUUGUCAUCCUCUGCAUUACUCCACCAAAGUCACUCAAAAAAGAGUUCAAGUCUGUGUUUCUCUGUGUUGGAUAUGUUCUGUGAUCUUUCAAAGUCUGGUUCUUCAGAAUAACUUGGAACAACCAGGCAGUGCUAUUUCUUGCAUUGGUGAGUGUGUGGGUGUCAGUAACAACAUUGCAGAAUUUGCUGAUCUGGUUUUAUCCUUUAUCGGUCCUGUUAUUGUCAUCAUAGUUCUGUAUAUGAGAGUAUUUGUGGUGGCUGUGUCUCAGGCUCGUGCCAUGCGGUCUCAUAUUGUAGCUGUCACACUUCAGGGUCCAGUGAAAGUAAAUGUUAAGAAAUCUGAGAUCAAAGCAGCCAGGACUCUUGGUGUUGUUGUAGUUGUUUUUCUAAUAUGCCUCUGCCCAUAUUACAUUGUGGUCCUUACAGCCCCGGAUACUUUGCUCAUUGCUUCAUCAGCUGCAUUUGUGAUAUGUAUGUUCUAUUUUAAUUCAUGUUUAAACCCGAUUAUCUAUGCCUUCUUCUACCCCUGGUUCAGAAAAUGUCUUAAACUCAUUAUUACACUUAAGAUAAUGCAGCCUGGCUCCUGUGAGGCCAGCAUACUAUAG